UAAUAACAUGGCAAUAUAUAUAUAGAACCAGCCUUCUUUGAUCUUCUUAACGUGAAUGAUGGUUAGUCACUCUCCAUCUUUCUCAUACAAAACUGAAUCAGAAGAUGGGAUCUUUAUAGAUGCUGAAUAUGCUGAAGAGUUACAGUUCCAAGAGGCUCCAACGGCUUCUUUGAUCAGUUGUCAAAUGGAAAGCAAUGUGUCAUCAUCAACUCCGACCAAGACCAAUAUGGAAGCAAUUUCAGAACACAGGACUGAACCAUCACUGCAAGUCCAAGAAAAGGGUGAAUCAUCUUUAAGUUCCUGUGACGUUUACCCGGGAAGGAAAGAAACUGAUCAGAUCACAAAAAAUGAGAGCUCUGGUCUGAUUUCUUGCGCACGCUGCAGCAAAGCCAUCGAGUUGUCAGAAAAUCAAUGGUCAAGCAGCAAAGAGUUGAGUAUGGACAUGACUUGUGGAAGUGACACUGGCAAGUCUCUCACUGCUGAUGCCAGUGGCAGCAUUAAUAAUCCAACUACCAUGACUGAAACAGAACCAGUGAGUGGUGGUGCAGCGAAAAUCGUUAGUCUCAACUCUUCACAAGAUGAGGAUAGGAAAAUAGCUGAAAGCAUAGCCGCUAAACAGGAUGGUACUCCACAGAGUCUCAAAGCAGCUGACACAGGUAAGCAAGUAGAAGAGCAAGGAGGUCAAGAUGAAAUCAACGAAGAAAAGUGUGAAUCAUCUUUAACUACCUGUGACAUUUGCCCGGAAAGGAAAGGAAAGAGUGAAUCAUCUUUAAGCAUAGCUGCAAAACAGGAGGGCACUCCACAGAGUCCCAAUACUGAAACACAGGAAGAUAAAGGUGUGGAUCAGAAUUCAGAUAUUCUACUUGAUAUUAAUUCUGAAUCGCUGGUCAGCGGAGGAAACGGGGGUCCACGACCAACCUCCAGCCAUAUCAAGAACGUUGCUUCACAAUUGGUAGACUGCCCACCUGUGGGACAUACAAACAAUGGGGAAGGAGGAAUUGAUUCAGAUUCAACUCCAAGAAAGGGUUCAGAAACUGGCCGAAAAGAAAGAGUUGCAGAUGACAUUCGGAAUAAUGUUACUGCUGCUCUUGAUUAUCAUGGCGACGCUUAUGCUUUGGAUGAUAACAAUAAGAGCAUAUUGUUCAAGGAAUUGGCACCUGAGGAUGUCAAUGAAACUACUGAGCAGUUUUACUGUCCUGCAUGCGCAGAAGUUUCUGAUACCAUCAAAUGGUACCAAGGCCUGCAGGCCCUCAUAUCACAUUCCAAAACCACUGAAGAAAUGGCUAAACUCCACCGGAAAAUCGCACAGCUCUCGGAAAAGAAGUUUGGCAGAAAGGGAACUUCUGAUGGUCCUGCUGGUGAAGUGUCAAGUAAGUGGAGAGGUAUAAGAGACGAGAAGAAAGAUCGUGAGAUUGUUUGGCCUCCUAUGGUUGUUGUCAGGAAUACAGCAAGCCAUCAAGAAGACGAGAACAAUAAGCGGAUUGGCAUUACAAAUCAGGAACUGCUUGACUUGUUCAGAUCAUAUGACGCUGUUGAGAACGUUCAACAAGCAUACAAUUCGCUUGGACAUUGUGGGAUGAGUAUUUUGAUUUUUGAGAGCUCAGCUAGAGGCUAUUUAGAAGCUGAACGCCUAGAUAGACAUUUUGCAGAUCAAGGAACAGGUAGAAAUGUUUGGAAUCGAAGUCCACUCUACCUCCUACCUAGUGGGGAGCUCCAACUUCACGGUUACAUGGCAGAGGAAAAGGACGUGGAUCUCUUCAACCAGUAUUCAACAGGUGAAUCCAAGCUCAAAUAUGAAAUCAGAUUGCACCAAGACAUGGUCUGUAGGCAAAUGCGUGAGGACAAUAACCAGCUCAUCUGGCUGCAAAAACGGGUAGCUGAAGAGCUACGGCGCGCAGAAACUCUUGAAGAAUCAAAUGGCAUAAUGAGGGAUAGGAAUGCAAAACUUGUUGAACAAUUAAAGGGCAUAAGGAGGGAGACGAUGGAAAAGGCAAAGAAGGAAAUUGAUGUUUUGAGAACGAAUAUUAAAUUGUUGCAUGAACGGAACAUGGAAGAGUUAAACAAUCACUAGGAUCCAUGAAACUAUGCUAAUUAUUCAUGAUAUGGAUUUUCAAGAACAACGAAAUAAAGAUUACUGUUGAAGAAGGAGGUAAAAAGGGAGGGGAACUCGAGAGCUCAAAAGAGGACGAGGAGCAUGCAAAUGUCCAUGAAUCGAAUGGAAGUCCUUCAAAUACUCUGGAUGGCAAAUACUUGCAUUGCUAUAAAAUCAAUCAUAUUAAGUUGUGAAUUUCUUAUGUAGCACGAUAACUUAGUUUGUGGUAUUAAGAUUAUUAUUGUUGUUAUUAAUUAAGAAUCAUUAUUAAUUAAGGAGAAAUCUGAAUGUUAUGCUGCUUGCAA